AUGUUCCACGUUAACUUGUUGACAUGGCUGGUUAAAAGUCACGCAUUUUGAACGUUAACACGUGUUAGCGGCCUUGGCCUAGGCAAGGGCAUCUUCAGCAGUUACAUAACAACAACAACAACCAACUAACAUCGUCUUUCGGUUGCGUUAUUUUCCUUCUUUCCCCCCUUUUCUGACAGAAAAUGAAGGCGUUUGUCGCAGUAACGUUCGCGCUGCUUGUGGGAUGUGUCCGGGGAGAGUCUUCUGUCACGGACGGGUUGAGUGUUGAAGACAUGCUGGACAAGUGCAUGGACGGCAGACACCACAAGACACAACCUGGACCGGAGGGCUCGCUGUACAGACAGUGCUCCCCAUGGGUUGACCGAGCCUGCUGCCGAGCCAGUACCACGGAACAGCUCCACCAGCCUCUGUGGCUGAACUUCGACUGGCACCACUGUGGGCAGCUGUCGGAAUCCUGCGAGAGGCACUUCAUGCAGGACCUCUGUUUCUACGAGUGUUCACCCAACGUGGGCCCGUGGCUGGUGCCGGUGGACAUGCAGAUCCGGAAUGAGCGGUUCGCGGGCGUCCCUCUGUGCGCCACGGACUGUAACCGCUGGUGGACCGCCUGUAAGGACGACCUGACCUGCUCCGGGAACUGGGGAGUCAGCUGGAACUGGACGUCUGGUCAGAAUACCUGUCGGCAGGGGGCGCAGUGCAGAACCUUCCAGGACUACUUCGGCACGCCGAGCAACUUCUGCCGGAACAUCUGGAACGGUUCCUUCGCGGUGGUGGACGACAGCGCGCCCUGCUUCACCCUGUGGUUCAACGGGACCAACCCGAACGACCGGGUGGCCAGGCUGCGGGCUGAGGAGAUCGUCAGUGCGAGGGGCGGCGCCGGGAGUGUUGGUGCCCCGCACCAUCCUCUCCUUGUCGCCGUCCUCAUCGUGAUGACAGUGGUUUUCGGGCGGGGUAUCCUCAGUUAGGCUCAGUAUCCAAAAGGAGCUUUGAGCGUUCUAGGAAAGUACCAUCGUCCAUUGUCAGGGACUUUAACAGCUUAAUGUAGUUAAUAGUGUUCAUCUUUAGUUUGUUUGUUUGACCAGAGCCAUAUUUUAGAUGCGGUAUUUCGAUGGGGAACACUGCGGCGACACAGCAAGGAGCUUCAGCUAGCUAUGUCUAUGAGGAUCACCCGAAUCAGAUGAUUGAGAUGCUCGUGUAAAGGAGCUUCAUGUCUAUGCAUUUUAUUUUCACUGUCUAUAAUACAGCAAUGUC